AUGCGUUCAAUAAUGCGAGUUCAACUCCCGAAAUAUUUCAGAUCGGAUAUUUAUUUUAUGAAUCGAUGCGCAAAAGCCGACGCACUUCUAAUUGAUAUUGAAAGAAAGGAAUUUAGCGAUGACUACAAAAUCAAAUCGAUCAAUAGUGUUUUGACCAGGUAUGUCUAUGUCGUGGCAAACUUGAAACUUUUCGAAAUCUCUCGUUUUCUCUGCGCUUCUCUAGUUUCACCCCGUGAUUUUCAGCAAAUUCCCGUUGCCACGUAUUCUAGUCGAUCCUGUCAUCACACAUCCGCCAAAUCCAUGGAUUAAAGGCCUCGAAAUAUAUCCAAUCAUUGAAGGUAGCCUUUUUCUACAGAAUCUCUUCAGAUAUUUUUUUUGAAACAAAAGUACAUUUGUUUUAAAUUUAGGCCACGCAAUUCGAAGUUCGACGGCUGUCGAAAAAUACGGCAAUGAAGAUGAUUUCCAUGUGGAUUUACCGCGAACAAUGUUCACAUUAUUGUGGAAUUUCAAAGAAAAUCGAUAUUCGCACACAAUUAUCUCGUAUCAUACUGUGAAUGUGAGUAAAGUCAAAAUGAAAAUCUGAGACACAAGAUCCUUUUUGAUUUUUCUCAUCAUUUCUCAUUUUCACUCAAUAUUAUCUAAAGUUUUGUAGGAAACUGAUAUUUUAUACAAUAGUCGCCUUCUUUCUGCAAUUCGUCGUUCAAUCGAAUCAAAUAUGAAACCAGUCGCCGCAAGAACAUGCAAAUUCAAAGAUGAAACAAGUGCUAUUCACGAAUUCCAAUUACUUCGUGAAGUCGGAAUCACUGGAAUCGUUUUACAGAAUCCGAAUCUAAUCGAUAUCACUAAUAAAAUAUUCAAAUGA